UCCAUCAUAAUACAUGUGUUAUCUUUUAUUAUGAAGGUGUUAUAGGAAAAAAGCUCACUUUGGAAAGCAGACGCCUCAGAAGAAUAGAUCUACAUAAUCCGCGCAAAAUUUUAAAGAUAAAUCAGCUGUCUUGCAUGUGUUUAUUCAGUCAGGCGUUCCAAGAGCGAAACUGACACUCAAGCAUCAACUGGCACUAGUUCAGAAGCCGCUGAUUGUAUGACUGCUGUUUCACGAUGGUAAUAAGAGGACAAGGGGUUUGAGGAGAGUAGCCUAUAUUCGUUGUGCUUGUGUCAUCAUCCUGACAGUUGUGUGACUGAAGUUGUUGGAAAAUUUUUAGAAACGUGUAGCUGUUUUGUCCAACGAGAACAAGAUAUGAUUCAGCUUAGGUGUUUCGCAUCAAUCAGGAGAGCUUGUAUUACAAGCACGUACUUGUUUUACAGAUUCUCUCUAUCUUCAAAAGCUUGUAGUUCCAUUUAUCGCUGUACCUCCGGAAACGGCCAAAAUCUAGAGACUGAAACGAAGAUGAAACACUACAUUAAAACUAGUAAUGUUACAGAUGCUGUGAGGCUGUUUGAAGAGAGCAGGAACGGUGGAAAGUCGUGGAAAAUAGACGGUUGUUACUCUUGGCUGCUACAUCUGUUUGUGCAACACAAUGAACACGAAGCCGUAGAUAAGCUGUACGAAGACAUGAAACGGAACGUUAUUUUCAUCGGUGAGGGAGCUAGGUUCUCAAUGAUUAAAUCUUACAGCAAACGGGAACUUUUCGAUCAGGCUGUCGACAUGCUGCAAUCCGUUGUGGAAAGUGAUAUAGCUCAUCACACACGUCAUUAUGACUAUAUAAUUACCUCUAUGGCCAAGAGUGGACAAACGAAAAAAGCUUUACGGGUCUUUCAGGAGAAACUAGAAAGGUUGAAAAAUUUUGGAAUUAAUGAAAACUUGUCUGCACCAAUCAAGGACAUGAUUGAAUUGCUUCUCAACCCUAAGAAUCUUCAAGUCAAAGAGAGGGAUCGUGGUAAGGGAGGCAGAGUUGAUACGAACCAUCACCAAAGAAUGUCACAUACGGUUUUUUGUUAUCUUCAACAAAUUGGUGAAAGGUUACCGGUCCAAAUGCUCGUAGCAGUUCGCUCUUGGCUGAAUCACGACCCAAUUUAUCCGUGGAGGUGGAAAUACAGCAGAAUAAGUGAAGCAGGAACAUGUUCAUCUUGUGGAAAUCAAUUGGUGAGUGGCAUUCUCCCAGGAGAUCUACAACAAUUGGGAAAGGAACUAAUCAAACUGUCCAACAGCCCUCAACUGUGUAUUUCCAAAGUAGAUGGCCAAAAUCUAGAAAAGAAAAUACAGAAAGAGUUGGAAGAAUUGAAGAGCUUUAUUCAAAGAAGGGGACCAUUUGAUGUAGUAAUUGAUGGCAUGAAUGUUGCUGCUUAUGGCUCUGGCCCUGGAGCUAAGAUUUCAUUUUCCACAGACAGGCUGGUGGCCACAGCACAUCAUUUUGUGGCACAACAAAAGAAAGUGCUUGUAAUAGUAAACAAAGCUUGGAGUACUACUAUUUACAAGCAUGGGGAUAUUUUUGCUUUUUUCAGGAAUGAGUUUAGAAAUGAUGACUUGUAUGUUUUGUAUGCUGCAGCCUUCAGUGGAAUGCAACAUGUUGAGAUUGUCACCAAUGACAGACUCAGAGAUCAUUGCCGCCUACUGCCAAGCAAUGUAUGGUGGACAUAUUUAAGAUGGACAAGAUUAAAUUGUGUAUCCUUCACAGUCAAUGAAAGAGGAAAACUGCAGUUUUUCAGGGAAAACGUUGAUCCAGUAGUGCAGCAUAGUGGGAAUUCCUGGCAUUUCCCAGUUGAGGAUCGAUCAUGGAGAUGUGCCACAAAAUUGGGCAUUAGGAGACCUGCAACAAAAAGUUAGCCUGUAAUAAAUCUGGAUAAUGAAGCUUUGAAAACAUGUGAAUCUUAUGCUCUUUAAAUUUUUUCAAAAUUAGCUAGAAAUCAGCAUCAGCUAGAAGUUAGUGUAAUUUCAAAUAAGUACAAUACAAUACAAUGUUCUUUAUUUCAAGAGGGUAAAUACAUGAUUAACCCAGUAAAGAGUUUUCUAACA